AUGGCUUUCCAUUGGCAGUCAAAUGUGAACGUACAGCAUGUAGGUGUUGAUGAUAUGGUCCUACUCUCGAAGCUCUCUGAGCAAGCUAUCGUAGAUAAUUUGAGGAAAAGAUUGCAAGCAAAUAGCAUAUUCACGUACAUAGGGCCUGUACUUAUUUCUGUCAACCCUUUCAAACAAAUGCCAUAUUUCACUGACAAGGAGUUAGAACAGUAUCAAGGUGCAGCUCAAUAUGAAAAUCCUCCUCACAUUUAUGCUCUUUCUGAUGACAUGUACAGGAAUAUGAUGAUUGAUAACGAGUCUCAAUGUGUCAUCAUCUCUGGAGAAAGUGGUGCCGGUAAAACUGUGGCAGCCAAAUAUAUCAUGAAUUACAUUUCACAAAUAUCGGGUGGAGGGAAACGUGUUCAACAUGUCAAAGAUGUAAUACUACAGUCCAAUCCUCUUCUGGAAGCAUUCGGUAACGCAGCCACUGUGAGGAAUUGGAACUCUUCCCGAUUCGGAAAAUAUGCAGAGAUUCUUUUUAGCAAAGGAGGAGAACCAAUAGGAGGAAAAUUAUCUAAUUUUCUCUUGGAGAAGUCGCGUGUCGUUCGUCAAAACAAUGGUGACCGGAAUUUCCACAUCUUCUAUCAACUGUUGUCUGGAGCUGAUGAUAAUUUGAGAAAAAACCUAGGCGUAGGAGAGUUAGAGUAUUAUAACUAUUUAAAUCAUAGUGGAGUCACAAGAGCAGAAGACACAGAUGACAGUAAAGAGUUUCAACAUACCUUACAUGCCAUGAAAGUUGUUGGGAUCAAUGAGGAAUCUCAACUGGAGAUUUUGAGACUAGUUUCUGCUGUUUUACACAUAGGAAAUAUUACUUUCAUCGAACAAAACAACUAUGCUGCAGUCCAGAGUCCAGACUUUUUGGAGUUUCCCGCAUAUUUGCUUGGUUUAACUACCGAUUCCAUCAGAGAAAAACUUAUAAGCAGAAGAAUGGAGAGCAAGUGGGGAAAUAAAACGGAACAAAUUGAUAUGACGUUGAAUGUGGAGCAAGCCAACUAUACGAGGGACGCUUGGGUGAAAGCCAUAUACUCAAGAUUGUUCGAUUAUUUAGUGAACUCUGUCAACCAAGCAAUCAACGUUUCUUCUUCUCACGAUAGUUUAACUAUUGGUAUCCUCGAUAUUUACGGUUUCGAGAUUUUUGAUCAUAAUGGUUUCGAACAGUUUUGUAUCAAUUUCGUUAAUGAGAAGCUUCAACAAAUAUUCAUUCAAUUAACACUUAAAGCCGAACAGGAGGAAUAUGUAAAAGAAGGAAUUCAGUGGACUGAAAUCGAGUACUUCAAUAAUAAGAUCGUCUGUGAUUUAAUUGAAGAAAAAAGACCACCAGGGAUUAUGUCGUUAUUGGAUGACACAUGUGCUCAGAAUCAUGGACAAUCAGAAGGAGUCGAUAAUCAAUUGCUAUCAACGCUAAACAAGGCCGUUUCUUCACAUCCUCAUUAUCAAACUGGUAGCGGAUGCUUCAUGGUCAAGCAUUAUGCUGGAGAUGUUGUUUACAAUGUUGAAGGUUUUUGUGAUAGAAACAGAGAUGUUCUUUAUCCGGACCUGAUUCUCCUGAUGCAGCAAUCCACUAAUUCAUUUGCUAAGCAGUUCUUCCAGGAUUCUGUUAACACAUCUGGGGGUAAACGUCCAACUACGUUUUCCACUAAGAUUCGCAAUCAAGCCAACGCUUUGGUUGAAUCUUUAAUGAAAUGCACUCCUCACUAUGUGCGUUGUAUUAAGCCAAAUGAAACAAAACGUUCCGGAGAUUGGGAUGAACAGAGAGUUCGUCAUCAAGUAGAGUACCUUGGAUUAAAGGAGAAUAUUCGUGUUAGAAGAGCUGGCUACGCGUAUCGAAGACCUUUUGAGAAGUUUUUAUGGAGAUAUGCUAUUUUAACGGAUGAAACUUGGCCUUCAUGGACUGGCGAUCCGAAAAAAGGAUGUGAAAUCAUUCUUGGACGUGUCGGACUAGAAAGGGAUCAGUACCAAAUGGGUCGAACAAAAGUUUUCAUAAAGAACCCCGAAUCACUUUUCCUGCUAGAAGAAAGAAGAGAGAGGAAAUAUGAUGGAUUCGCUCGAGUAAUUCAAAAAGCUUGGAAAAAACAUCAUGCUCGGGAACGACAUAUGAAAGAAAAGGAACAAGCAGCCGACUUAUUUUUCGGGAAAAAGGAAAGAAGAAAGUUUUCUCUUAAUAGAAACUUUGUUGGAGAUUAUAUUGGACUCGAGCAUCAUCCGGCUUUACAGUCCUUGGUCGGCAAAAGGGAACGUGUUGAGUUUGCUCACAGCAUGAACAAGUAUGAUCGUAGAUUUAAAGUAACUAAGUUAGAUGUUCUGUUAACUUCUAAGCAUCUUACCAUGAUAGGAAGGGAAAAAGUGAAGAAGGGUCCUGAGAAAGGCCGACUUGUGGAGUGUAUCAAGAGGCAAAUCGAUCUGCCUAAGAUUGCUAGCAUUGGUGUUAGUCCUUAUCAAGACGACUUUUUGGUGAUUCAUGUCAAAGACGAUUAUUCAACUCUAUUAGAGACACCUUUCAAAACAGAGUUCAUGACUAUCCUAAGUAAACGCUACAAAGAGAGAACUAAUGGGGUUAACCUAGUACUUGAGUUCAAACAAAAUCAUUCCGUAGUACUCAAGAAAAGUCGAUUCGGAGGAGGAACUAGAACUGUCCAAUUCACUCUUGAACCUACUGGAAACGCUCAAGCAGUAUUAACACCUAAAGGAAAUACUUUGAAUAUUGCUAUCGGACAGGGAUUGGCUAAUACGACAAGACCUUCAACGCAAAGGCCUGUUGCUGGUUACCAACGUAGAAAAGAUCAACUGCGAGUUUCGGGACGUAAAACGAAAAAUAUUAACAAUUCAAUAAAUUCUGCUUACAAUCCAAUGAAUGUAGUCAAACAGGAUGUUUCAUCAUCUGAUUCCCACGGUGUGGUUAGCCAGAUUCCUUCUUCUAUAGUGAACAGGUCUCCAGUAGCCUUCCAACCUCCCGUUCAUCAACCCCCUCCGCAUCAACUACCAACUCACCAACCGCCAUCACAUCAACCUUCUCCUCAUCAACAGUACCAACAGCAAGCCGAACAGCCAACCUCUAGGACACAAAUCAACCCGGCGAUGGUUGGAGGAGUUCCAACAGCGUUUGCGGGAAUGAAUAUCAACUCUAAUGGACCUGCACGACCUACUCCUAAGCCAAAGCCACCUGUAAAACCUAAAUUAUAUCCGGUUGUUAAAGCAUUAUAUGCGUAUGAUGCUCAAGAUACAGACGAGCUUUCGUUCAACGUGGGAGAUGAAAUAGAGUUAACGCAGAAACAUGAAUCAGGAUGGUGGCAAGGAAAAUUGCGUGGAAAAGUUGGACUGUUCCCAGCAAACUAUGUUAAAGAAUAG